GUGAUCGGGAUCGGGAUUCAUCAGUCAGUGCGCUUCUCUCCUCCGUUGAACGAUUUCCAGCAUCAUUCAAAUCCAACUCUCCCGUAUCUUAUCUGGAACCGAUAGAAAGGAAGUCAUCGUUCAGGGGUGUCCUCACGAUACGAUCAAAACUCUAAUUACGUGGCACCGAGGCAUCCCACGUAAUAAGAAGUGAGUACUAAAAAGAGGAGGACUCCAAGAGCUCUAAAAAUAAAGAACGUGACGAAUCCACGGACUGAUGUAUGGGACGCCCUGUAGUACUGGGAGUACCCCCCUGAUGUGUGUAACACCCUGUAGUACCGCCAGUAUCUGAUUCACUGUAAAUCCCGUUACUGUCAGGAAGAAGCACCUACAACAUCCCUCCCGGGGGAAUCCCUCUUUCAUCUGAAGUCUUCGUCGUGGUACAUCGGGGAUUUGUCUGGCCAGUGUUAGAGUUUUUAUCACCGAGGAGACAAGAUGGAUGAUUGAGAUUAUCUUUGAUGAGUCAGCUGAACAACUAAGAAGUCCACUUGUGGCCAGUGAUAACCUGUUAGGGGGGAGCAAAUGAAAAGUUUCCGAAAAUGGAAAAUUCAUCAAGAAUGACAAACAACACUGACUUCCGGUGCGCCGUUUCUAAUGGCAGCAUGGAGGCGUACAUCUGUAUCAUCUCUGAGUUUGCGCCAAUGACGAUAUGGUUUGAUCGUUACAUGACCAUAUUCUGGUACUGUGUGGGGAUAACUGGGAAUUCUCUCACCAUUAAAAUAUGGUCAACACGCGUCAGUCGGACCAACAUUUCCGCUCUGUAUCUUAUCGUGCUUGCGAUCACGGACCUGUUUUACCUGUUGUUGCACGUGAUACAGGAGCUGAAGUUUGCCUGGGGCCUCGCUACCAUUGACAUCGAGGGCUGGUGUCAGAUCUACUUUGUUUUUUACAUGUUUGCUAUGUACAUGAGCCCAUUGUUGAUCCUUGGGUUCACCAUUGAACGUUUCUUGUCCAUUAUACACCCUUUCAAAAGUCAGAGGUUUUCCACAACCAAUCGAGGACCGUUUGAGAUAUCUGGUAUUACCGUGCUUGCCCUUCUCCUAGCUCUACCUCAGAUAUUCUGCUGGGAUGUUAUAUACGGCGAGUGUCAAGGACCAAACAGCGACUUUCCUCGCGUGUGGAUGUGGGUCUCCGACAGCCUCGUCUUUGUAAUAUUCCCUGUGACGUCACUCGUUUUGAAUACGCUUGUAAUGAGGGCGGCUUCCAAAGCGGACAAAAUACGGAGAAGUACGGUGCCGCUGUGUCGAGGUCUUUCUACUCCGGAUAAAAACGGACACCAUAGCAAAGCCAAGAGCAGUCCCACUACUUUGACCUUACUGUGUGUCUCCUUUUAUCGAAUUAUUACUGUCAUCCCGGUGUCCAUUCUAUUUGCUCUUCAGGGAGAAUUCAAGUAUGGCAACUUCGAGCUGCCACUGUCGGAGAUCGCGAAGGACCGAGUGUGGAGAAAUCAUCUGUCGUGGUACAAAGCCAAAAAAACCGUGGACGAGAUCGGCUUGUCGCAGUACUGUUGUAACAUAUUUAUCUACCUUGUCACCGCCCACCACUUCCGGCGUGAGAUGAAGAAACUCUUCUAUUUUGUGCCGUUCAUGCGCAGUGAUGAGUUUUCUGAUACCUUUAACACAGCCUCCAUGGAAAUGAGCUUUCUGAAAAACAAACCCAAGGAUGAUGUGUAAUUGCGCGUGAGACUGUUAUGUUAUCGUUACAGUGACGUAGCAAUGAAAGUUUGAUUUUAAUGGUUUGAUAAAUUAUUUAUUUAUUAUAACUAUUUCAUUUGGAAAGGUUAACGUUGGAAUUUUUGAAAAAAUGAUUUAUGUUCACAUGUUUAAAAAAU